GUUCAAAAUGGCCUCCUACUAAGCGUCUCCGAUUGAUUUUUUUUCCAUAACCAUACAUUAAAUACUGUAAAAUAUUGAAAUACCGCGUUUUAAACAUUUUAAACAAUCUAAAAAUAAAAUGGCGUAACGUUUCUUACGUAAAGUGAGACGCGGUGUUCUAAAAUAGAUUGAGUUGUAAAAUUAUAACCUGUGUGCCGCUUUAAAGUUAUAAUUAUCAGGUUUUUUAAGCUUUUUCUGUAUAGUUUUUUAUGUAACAAAUGUCUUUGAAACUACAGUGUUCGGUGUAUUGGUCGUCUAGAAGAGAGGACUACGUGGUUUCAUCCUAAACGUAUCGACAGCCUUAUCAUGGGAGUCAGCCAUGCCAGAGCGGUUGAAAUAAACUGAACCUACUUUCUUCCUCCUAUCAAUUGCAAAUCUUCCUCGACUUUUUUAGCAAAAUAUAAAACACGCACAUGACUAUAGUUCAAAGUAUUCAAACUAAAGGGAUUGGCGCUUGAAUUUUGUUGGAAAACAAGAUGGCGUCCUGUUUUACCGGCGGACAUUUUGGACCGGGCAGUCAGGAGUAUGUGCCGGUGGCUGAGUUCUACGCGGACAAGUCGGUUUUCGUCACUGGAGGCACUGGUUUUAUGGGAAAGGUGCUAGUGGAGAAGCUGUUACGGAGUUGUCCGAAAAUCAAGAAGAUCUAUCUGCUUAUGCGACCCAAGCGAGGCCAGGAUGUUGCCUCCCGGCUCACCGAACUCACACAGUCACCGCUUUUCGAGACGCUGCGGAAAGAGCGGCCGCAAGAACUAAGCAAGAUCGUGCCCAUCGUUGGUGACAUCACGGAGCCAGAGCUCGGCAUCAGUCCUGCAGAUCAGGCUUUGCUAUGUCAAAAGGUGUCGGUUGUGUUUCACUCUGCGGCGACGGUGAAGUUCGACGAGAAACUGAAACUCUCUGUUACCAUCAACAUGCUCGGCACGCAGCAGUUGGUACAACUAUGUCAUCGUAUGCUGGGACUUGAAGCGUUAGUGCAUGUAUCAACAGCAUAUUGCAAUUGUUCGCGAGAGCGUGUGGAAGAGGUGGUGUACGCGCCGCCCGCGCAGCCAGAACACGUGGUCACGCUCGUCCAAACGUUGCCCAACGAGCUCGUCGAUCGAAUCACGCCCGAUUUAGUUGGUGAUAGGCCUAACACAUAUACAUUUACAAAGGCGCUCGCGGAAGAUAUGCUGAUAAAGGAGUGCGGUAACCUGCCUGUGGCGAUCGUUAGACCAUCGAUCGUACUCUCGUCGCUCCGAGAGCCGGUACAAGGAUGGGUGGACAACUGGAAUGGACCUAAUGGUAUCAUCGCAGCGGUAGGCAAGGGCAUCUUCCGCACGAUGUUGGGGUCAGGGACACGCGUAGCUGAUCUUGUGCCUGUGGACACGGUCAUCAACCUCAUGAUUGUUUGUGCGUGGCGGACGAGUCUGAAACGGGGUGACGGCGUGGUCGUGUAUAACUGUUGCACAGGACAACAAAAUCCCAUUACGUGGCAGCGCUUUGUCAAGACCAGCUUCAAAUACAUGCGAAAACAUCCUUUCAGCGAGGUGGUAUGGUACCCGGGCGGUGACAUCACCAACAACCGACUGAAACAUGGAGUGCUGUCAUUGCUGCAACAUCGCGCACCAGCUAUUGUAAUUGACCUAGCUUCGAGAGCUUCGGGGAACAAACCUAUGAUGAUGCGCAUCCAAAACAAAUUGGAAAAGGCUGCGGCUUGCCUCGAAUACUUCACGACACGCCAAUGGGCAUUUUCCGAUGACAACGUGCAAGCCCUGUGUGCUGCCCUGUCGCCCGACGAUCGUAUGACGUUCGACUUUAACGUAAAGAACAUCGAUUGGGAUGCGUACAUCGAAUCGUACGUGCUGGGGAUCAGAAGGUUCCUGUUCAAAGAGAGCCCGGAAACGCUGCCAAGGUCUCGGACGGUGCUUCGGAGGUUACACAUAGUCCACAUCGUAACUCAAGUGGCGACCGUCUUUUUCCUAUGGAGAUUUCUGUUCUCCCGCUCGAACGCGUUGCGCAGCAUCUGGCGACGCAUCGUGGAGUUGUUAACGAGAGCGGCGCGCCUUUUAGCCAUAGCCUGAUGCCACGCGCCAUUAAUUCCCUUGACACUUCGUUGACAGCGCCCCUACAGUUAGCAAAACGCUUAUACAAGCUGCGUUGAACAAAAUUUUGUUAAAUUGUCACCACUUGUUCAACUAUGGAGCUCGAUUAACUGAACUAGCGCGAGUUUUUUUCCUAAAAAUACUGUUGAAAAAUAAAUUCACAUCAGUCCGUCGUGGCCACGGGAUCUUACAACGCCCGAGACAUUGGUUUGUUUGAAAAGCAAUUAUACGCGAUUUAGUCCGAAAAACAGUUACAAUGUCAACGUGUAACAAUCGCGAAAACCUAACAAGGUAACUUACCGAUCUAGUUGAAAAAAUAAGCCGUAGUUCAGUUGACUGUACUUUACGUUUGAAUAAGUGGGAAUAAGACAUUUGAAUGUUAAUUUUUCACGCUGAAUUACAGCGCCCGAUCGAUACAAAAAGUUAAAGACAUUAUAAGCAACGGCAAAUAUAUUUAGGAAUGUUUUUCUCUUCAAUUUCUAAGCUUAAGGGGCCGCCGUACCUUGCUUCCUUUAGACGCUGCGCUAUAUAAAAUCUGAAUAAUGAUACGGCGUUGACAACCAAAAAAACUCAACACAAACAUGUAUAACAGACACAUGGAAGAAUUUCGUUGACCUGCUAACUCAACUCGUAGCUCAGUUGACGGAGCGACGUUACGGUACACCGUGGUCGCAAGUCCUGUCCGGUCGAAGGAAUUUUUCUUUAUAUUUGAUCUAUGUGUUAACAAUUAUAUGAAUGAAGAUUUUAUAUCGCGUAUUGUCAGUUUUCAAGCUAUUUCGUAAGAUAGUAACAUAGUUACUAAAGCUACAGUAAUGCUAAUUCCAAAUAAUUUUGUACUAUAAUUCAGCUCAAUGAAUAUUCAAAAGGUUCAAACCUCUGUUAUUGCAUAGAUAUAAUAUUGUACAAUAGUGUAAACGCUAUGCAAUAAAAUAAAAACACUUAAGUUUCAACUAGAUUCAUAGAAAUGCAGUAGCAUUAACGACUGUAGAAUAUAGAAACAACGUUUGUUCGCGUUUGUGCAGUUGGCAGGAUUGAUAGAUUUUUCUUUUUCGUCCAAUCGUCCUUUUCUUAACUGACUUUUUUUCAUAUAUAAAGAAAGGCAGCAGUAUGAUCGUACUUCUCACUCAGUUACUAUAAAUAUAUCAAAGACGAUAGCCUUGAUAGUGGCGUCCACUCUCUUCACCGUUUAAGAUAAAUGGUUAAAAAAGGUCACAAAUAUAUAAUGGGUGGCAUUUUUGGUGACCGGGACAAUAAGAACCCUUUAAUAAAAAUUCAAUGUAGGAAAUAUAUAACCAGGAAAAACAAACAGACGAGAAGCGUUCAAAAAUCAUUCAUAAAUUCAACUAAGGAUGUGUUCUUUUUGAAAUGGGUGUUGGAUUGAACAACGUGCGCUGGAUGCUAGGCGCGUAUAAUGAUUUUGGCGCCCCUUGAGACUGCCGCCCAGGGCAAGGUGCCCCGGUUUGCCCCCGCCAAUAUCCGGUGCUGGACAAUAGUGAGUGAGAACAGUAAGCAAGUUUUUAUUGAAUUGAAAGUAUAAGAAAAAUAAUAUAUCUAAUUAUAUUCGGAAGCUGCACAAACGAUAAUGCACGAUAGAAAAUAAGACUAUAAAGUAACACUGUUUAUUGAAAAAUAUACAUCAAAAUGAACUAAAUACGUUCAGUAACUAUAGAAAUAUGAAUUUUCAUAUAAGCAUGGAUUUUUGACAAAAAUCACUUUAUUAAGUACAUAAUAAUCUGUUGUUAAAAUGGGGUCUAAUAGCCCUUAAUAAAAAAAAUAUAUAUUGUUCCGUAUUUCUGUGUAUCUAGUUGAAGUAAUUCCUAAUAAUCUAAUUAAUAACAAAAUACGUGUUUAGUCCUCAGUCAUUGCUAGAGUACCAAUAGUUAAAUAAAUAUAAAAUUUUUAGAACCAUUACAAUUUACAGUUUAUUUAACGUCCAGGUUUUAUUUUCAAACCACGAUUACGCAAUUUAGGGUGUGAAAGCUCAAUAUAAUAGCCAAGAUUAGGUAUUAACUAGUCAGUCAACUCAAUUGCAAUAAGCACUUGUUUAAAUGACAAAUUUCCAGUUCAAACACGAUUUAUUGUUGUAAUGGUGGCUUCCCACGGUCCGUUAUUGCACGGGCCGCGCGCUCUUGAAGUUACCGAUGCACGGCGAUCCGACUGGCCUUUACAGUCGAGUCCGCGCCGGCACGAGCGGCAUACUUCCCACGGCGCGUUUGCGCAAGCCGUGAAACCACGGGCCGUGGGAAGCCAACUUAAAACAGUUAUUAGUAAUUUUAUUAAACGAAAUAAUAAUGAUUAGGAUUGUGGAGUGAACGAUUUGGUAGUGGGUGUAGAUUUUAUCCAAUAUUGACGGUUUUUAUCGAGGAUUUUCGUGUAGAGCGAUAUGGUAUGGUUAAAAGACAACGUGACCUCUGUCAGUGAGGUAUGUAAUAAAUUGUUGAUUCUUUUUUAUUGAUUAAGAACUAUAGUCUAUUAACCUUGACAAUGCGGCAGGUGGUUAAUUGUGAUAUCACAGGGGUUCAUGUGAUUGGUCAGCUUGAAUUUCCUACUGCAUUUUUAAUGCGAAUGAACUGUAUAAUCCAGAUAAUCAAUUCAUUCAG